AUGGCACAUUUAAUCCGAAGCAAGUUUCAAAAUAAACUGUCAAAUGCGGCAACUUCCAUGUCGAAUAAAUCCACUGCGAAGGUGAGCGGGAUGAUGGCCAGGAUGGGCUUCCAGGCCGCCACAGACGAGGAGGGACUGGGAUUCGCCGCCUGCGAUGAUUUGGAUUACGACCACCGGCAAGGACUGCAGAUGGACAUCAUGAAAUCGGAUGAAAUGGGUGGUGGAGACGCUGGAGAAGGGAGUGGAGAGGGUGGGAUGGGUGGAGGAGAAGACGGUAUGGCGGCUGGGGACAGCCACUACCAGAGAGAUGGCACCGGCCCCCCGCCCUCCGGUUCUAAAGCCUCAGGUCUGGGCGAAGAAGAGAAAUCACCAAAAAUCACCGCUUGGGAAGCGGGCUGGAACGUCACGAAUGCAAUCCAGGUAAAGACGCAUUCAGAUAACCAGUUGAAACUUCAUGGGUUUUUGCAAGUGUCCUCUUCCACUCAUUUACUCCUUCAUUCAUUCAUUAUUUCGUGUUACCUGCCAUAGCCAAAUGUAAAGACAUAUACAUAGCUUUUCUUUCAGUCAUCGCCAAACUGAUUGCAACCAUGAAAUCAAUACCUGUGAAAAACGGCAAAUGGAGAUAGGCUACGGCAGUCGAUAUAACCAACCAAUUAGACUACCAAUAGUUCCUUAUGAAAUAUAAAGAUGAACAAGCCCAUCUGACAGGACAUUUCGUUUUGAUUUAGGAUUUAGAGAUGAAUUGGGCUAUUUAAACACACCGAUCAUGUAUGUGGUUUGGAUAGGUUCAUAAUGAGCGGGGAAACGGAAUAGCAUGCAUGCUGUUAGAAUAAGAAGGAAACCAGGGCGUGAAACGUAAUGUUUUGUUGUAUUUCAUUAUAUGAAGACAUACACAUAACCUAGAGAAUAAUGAUAAAGGAUAUUGAAAUAGUCAAAUUCCAUGGAGGAGACCCAUAGACUUUCAUUUGACAAAAGAAAAUGACGUACUGAUCCGUUGAUGCGGUUUUACGCACGAGUUUGACUCUGUCGAUCCGGCGCGCAUUCAAGUAAAAACUCUAAUAUUUGAAAGCAUCUAACCUUCAGAUCAAAAGGUGACCUUCUAGAUAAACAUCUCAUCAAGUCAUGAAGAUAUAGCCUAAGCUAUGCCGCUCUGUGUUUUUCUCGAUGGCCUAUCCGAUACGUUAUAAUCAUUUUAUAACGCACUUCACCAUUACAUUACGCACAGGCAAUGCGUGUCCAUCACCUACAACGACGUAAUAAAUGGUGACGGUUAAAGUGUUAACAUUUACUCGACAGUGUAUUUCAUAUGAUGUGUUGCUUUGUUCCUGUUUGGACCCCAGAAAGAGCUAAUUGGGAUCCUAAUAAAUACUAAAAUGAGGCAAAAAGUCCCCAAGACAAGCGCCGUCCCAUCAUACGUUAUUCAGGCUAUGGUCAUCGUCAUGGCAGUCACCAUUACGUCAGGACGUGUCUCCUUUAGAACCCCUUAAUGACGUUAACACAAUUUGCUGGAAUGGGCACGCUCACAGCGAAAUGGAAUGCCCACGAGAACCCACACAUACAAGCAAGCAUGUCCCCCAUUGAAUCAUGUUACACAUAGGAUAUAUUAUAAUGCAUGACGUUAUGAUCAACAAAUACUACAUUUUGUUAAAAAUUAAUAAAUAAUAAUAAUCUGGAUUUGACCAUUUUGUGUUUAUGAUGUCCAUACCCAUGUCAACCAUUGAAUGGCUUUAGGAUAUAUUGUCAUGCAUAUAUAUAGCAUAUACUUAGGCUUUAUUACAAUGCAUUAGUUAUUAUCUAUUGUAUUGAAUUUCCUAUAUUGUGGACUGGUUAUGCGUUGUUCCCAUAGGCCAAGCCAUCUCCAUAUUGUGUAUUUUUGUGUAUUUUCAGGGGAUGUUCGUUCUGGGUUUACCAUACGCCAUUCUCCACGGGGGCUACCUCGGACUGUUUCUCAUUAUUUUCGCCGCCGUGGUGUGUUGCUACACGGGGAAAAUUCUCAUCGCCUGCCUGUACGAGGAGGACGAAGACGGCCAACUGGUGCGUGUGAGGGACACAUACGUGGACAUAGCCAACGCGUGUUGUCAGCCGAGGUUUCCAUCUUUAGGUGGUCAUAUCGUGAAUGUAGCCCAGAUCAUUGAGCUGGUGAUGACGUGUAUCCUGUACGUGGUUGUGAGCGGGAACCUGAUGUACAAUAGCUUUCCCACUCUCCCCAUCUCACAGAAGGCCUGGGCCAUAGUGGCCACCGCCGCCCUGCUACCCUGCGCCUUCCUCAAGAACCUCAAGUCCGUGUCAAAGUUCAGCUUGCUGUGCACUAUCGCGCACUUCGUAAUCAACAUCCUGGUAAUUGCCUACUGCCUCUCCAGAGCGCGCGAUUGGGCCUGGGAUAAAGUCAAAUUCUACAUCGAUGUAAAGAAGUUCCCCAUUUCUAUUGGAAUCAUCGUGUUCAGUUACACCUCUCAGAUUUUCCUUCCGUCGCUCGAGGGGAACAUGCAGAAGCCCAGCGAGUUCCACUGCAUGAUGAACUGGACCCACAUUGCCGCGUGUGUCCUCAAAGGCCUGUUCGCCCUCGUGGCCUACCUGACCUGGGCGGAUGCCACCAAGGAGGUCAUCACAGACAACCUGCCGUCAACCAUCAGGGCUGUCGUAAACCUAUUCUUAGUUUCCAAAGCCUUACUGUCAUACCCAUUGCCAUUCUUCGCUGCAGUCGAGGUUUUGGAGAAAUCAUUUUUUAAUGAACAAGAACGCACGUGGUUCCCAAAUUGCUACGGGGGCGAUGGACGCCUGAAAGCUUGGGGCCUCACUCUCAGAUGCAGCCUUGUGGUGUUCACGUUGCUCAUGGCCAUUUAUGUACCGCAUUUUGCCCUUCUCAUGGGUCUGACCGGCAGCCUGACGGGGGCAGGGCUGUGCUUUCUGCUUCCCAGCCUCUUCCACCUCAAGCUGCUAUGGAGAAAGCUUCUAUGGCACCACGUAUUCUUUGAUGUCGCCAUAUUUGUAAUAGGAGGUAUAUGCGCUAUCUCCGGUUUCAUCCACUCAAUGGAGGGACUCAUAGAAGCUUACAAAUAUGGCAUAGAAGAUUAG